AACGUCCGUAUCCUUCUGGGCUUUUAGGGGGGACUUCUGAAUUCUUUGUCAUCAGUGAUGUGAUCUCAUGAAACAUACUGAUACAUAUGGAUACGUAUACAUUUAUACAUUUAUUUAAUAUGGAAUUUCUCGUAAAUGAUAGUGAGGAUGGAUCGUGCUAAGGAACUAGUUGGAAUGACUCAUAAUGAAAGAAUCCAUGGAGAGGAAGAUGCGGUUCAGCUAGAGUCUCGGUUUGAAUGCCCCAUUUGUUUGACUUGGUUGCGCGACCCGGUACUAACGUCAUGUGGUCAUAGGUUUUGUUCUCAGUGUAUUAAUUCUUGGCUCGAAAAGGAAGGAGCAUGUUGCCCUGUUGAUAGCAAACCAUUGAAGCCUGGUAGCGAUUUAUUUAGAGAUCUGUAUACCAGUAGAGAGAUAUCGCAGCAACGCACUCACUGUCCAUAUCAACAGUUUGGUUGUACAGUGAAACUUUCACCCAUUGACAUGGAGUCACAUGUAAAUCAAUGUCCAUACAAAAGAGACUGCGAUAAUUCAAAGAGUAUCCGCUGUCCCUUUAAAGACGUUGGUUGUACAGAGAAUUUUGAAUCGCAAGAAAGUUUACGAUUACAUUUGGAGAAUAAAACAGGUGCUCAUUUAACGAUGGUAGGGACUUCGUUGCCUCGUAUUUUAUCGCAUCAGGCUGCAGCUAACGCAACUGCUGCUGAAUCCCAGUUAUGGGAUCCUCCUGCAAAAAAUAGAACCUCCGAGAAGGACCAGCCAUCUUCGGACUGGCAGCAACUUUUAAAGCAAUUAUAUGAACGGAUAGUAGUAUUGGAGCAACAGAAUCAAGAAUUAUCGGCCAGUGUUACAAUCCAACAGAAACAAUUGACGGCCCUUCAAGCAUCAGUGCGGUUUACUCAAGAAGAAAUAGCUUUGCGCAGUUAUAAUGGAAUUUACGUGUGGAGAUUGAGUUCCUUUCAAGAGAAGUUGGACGCAAUGCAGAGUGAUCAUCUUAAGAUGUUUUAUAGCCCUGAAUUCUAUACAAGUUAUAACGGAUACAAAAUGUGUGCUCGGAUAAAUGUGUCUUCAAAGGAUCCGCUCUUCCUCUCCGUGUUACUUCACAUGAUGAAGUCAGAGAACGACGACGCAUUAGACUGGCCUUUCCACGGAGAGAUGUACUUUGCGUUACUCCAUAGAGUCGAUUCUAAAAAGGACAUUCGUGAGACUACAACAUCCAGACCAGAUCUCGAAGCCUUCAAGAAACCUGUUUGUGAAUUAAAUAAGAGAAGCUUCGGGUAUACUGAAUUUGUGCGCAUCUCUGACUUGGAAGGCUACAUACGGGAUGACAGUCUACUUUUUAGGAUAGAAGUCAGACCGCAUGAACGACAUACAUUCAGAAACCUUAACCAGAACGAAAAUUCCUGAAUACCUAGAAUUAAUCGAUCCUGACUCUCACUUGUGGAUACACCUGCUUGUAUACAGUGACAAGAUAAUUUCCAGAAUGUAGACCAUAAUUAUGUGAGACCCAGAGCACUUGAAACUGAAAAACCACUGCCAAAUAGUUGAAAAAAAAAAAACAAGACCAAUACAAAUACACGUUUUUAUUAACACCA